GGUCCACCAAUCCACCAAUCCAUCAAUCCAUCAUAACUCAUAACUCACUCCAUAAUCAAUUAACUCUCUUAUCGAAAAGAAUGCUUCUAUGAAAUUAAUUCCAACAACAUCACAUCGUUUUCGCAACAUCAAUCUGACCCCAGAAUACUUGUCGCAUAUCUGCAUACUAUCGAUCCUCACAAUUUGGUCCCCUAGAGUUCCUCGGUCGAUGGUUGAUUGUAGGUAGUACAGUCCAGUUGGUGUGUGUAUGGGAUCAGUUUAUCCCUUUCCGAGUUGAGUCGUUGGUAGUCGGAGAGAAUAGAGAAAGCGAGAGUAGAGAAGGAGGUAGUCAGUCAGUCACAAUGGGUAAUUGUUCUUCUUGUCUUGGUCUGGAUCGUGAUAGAGAUUCGUCGGAUGAGGUUUGAUUUUCUAUGCUACACACAAAAUAAAACGGCUUGCUAACGACUUCGGGAAUAGGGUGAAGAUCAAAGGUUACUUUUCGAUGAUGCACAUCCCCAUCAUUAUGGCAGUUUCGGGGACCAAAAUUCAAAUAUCAUCCAAGCAGAUCCACUAGAAGUUCAAAGGGAGACGGAGGCCUUACAAAAGGUCGUAACGCAGACGUCCAAGUACGUGUGCUCCAAACAUUCCUGAUUCCUGCAACAUCGACACCACUCAACCCACCAGUCGUACACUGUCGGAGCCAACUACUCGAUUGCAUUGCAGUCAUUUCUAACUAACUUGUGCGUCAGUCAUCUUGUCGAUAUCUUCGCCCUGGUCCCUCCAGACGCUUCUCUCUCACCCGUCACUAUGUACAAUGGUCAAGAUGCAAGACUGUUGCGGUAUCAAGAAGUUCUAGCCAAGAUGCCAUCACAGGACAAAUCGAGCAAUACAAAACAAACCCCCGUCGAAGGUACCCACCCAGUUUCCGAUGGUUGGAUAUCGGAUGAUGAAGAUGUGGAGGAAAUGAAGAGGUACAAGCCGGUCAAAUCAGAAGACGUGGGACCAUUAUUAGGAGGGUUUGCAGAUGCAGAGCCGGCCAUGGAGUAGAACAUGGAUUCGAACUUACACGGGCAUCUUUAUGUUCCACGGCGUAUUGGAGUUGGGAAGGUCGUUACAAUAUCCUCAUACCACGGCCCAUCAUGCUGCCGUAAUUUCCCAGGAGGAGUAUCGGGUAUCGAAUUCUGACUGGACCAGCUAAGCGUAAUUUGACUAUGCGUUGUAUCAUUCAAGCAUUUCCUUUGUCAAAAGCGCCUGCCUACUGGUUGCUUGAUCAUGAAUCAGAGCCUAUCACGUCUCUUUCUCAUGCUCUG